CAGGCGCCGCGCGCCAGCGUCCGGUUUGAAAACAUGGCGCCAGGCCAGCGGUUGGUUUUGUGCGAAGAGACAGUACGGGAGCGCAGCGGCCUGGGUCCUCACCGCGACCUGGCUGAACUUCGAUCUUUAUCUAUUCCUGGAACAUACCAAGAGAAGAUUACUCACCUGGGGAACUCUCUGAUGCAUUUGACAGCUCUAAAAUCCUUAGACCUCUCACGUAACUCCUUGGUUAGUCUUGAGGGCAUACAGUAUCUGGUCUCCUUGGAGAGUCUCAAUCUCUACUACAACUGUAUUUCUUCAUUAGCAGAAGUGUUUAGGCUCCACACUCUAAUGGAGCUUCAGGAUGUGGACUUCCGGCUUAACCCUGUUGUGAAGAAUGAAUCUGACUACCGCCUGUUUGUUGUGCACAUGCUCCCAAAGCUCCGACAACUAGAUGACCGUCCUGUGAGAGAGAGUGAGCGGAAGGCUUCUCAGCUUCAUUUUGCCCCAGAAGAUGCACUGAACUCAAAGGAGAACUUCUCAGCCACUUUGACAGUUGGAAGACCACACCACCUCAGAAACAGAUGUACUGAGACCUCAGCCAAAAAAUGCUUGGUCAUGGAUGCUGAUGAUGAGGCUGUCCUGAACCUUAUUGCUGAGUGUGAAUGGGACCUGAGCAAUCCUCCUGGGAACAUGAGCUCCAGCCAGAAGGAACAUGAAGCUGACCUCCAUUAUACCCAAGAGUCCAGACAUCUGUUGAGUCCUUUGUCCAUCCAGCACCAAUGUGGGGACUCAGCAAGGCGAGGCCAUGAGAAGAAGAAAGUCACCUCUAGAGGGUGUCCAGGUCAUUCACCACAGGACCAGCUCUGUGGGGAGCUCCCCCCACAGCAUGGCUUGCCAGAGGCCUGCCAUAUGCAUGUACAGCAUGCCCGAAUCACUUCACAGCCAGACUCUGUGGAUGUUGAGGACUGUGCUUCAUCUUCUCAGAAGUCAAGUUUGUCAUCACAAAAAAUAAUAAAUCCUUUGCCUGUCCCUGAAAAGUACAGGAAGCGAAGGAUGCCUGGUGGGAGAUUCCAGGUGCCUUCAGACCGGGAGUGUUUGAGCUUCCUAGAGAGGGCUGACGGGCUCUCCAGCCUUGAGGACAGUCUAAGCAGACAGGAUGGCUUGGAGGGCCAGAGUCAGGUGGCGUUGUCUCACUCUGAGGCUUUGGAGGCUGAAGAGCGGACAUCUCAUGGCACAAGUGACCCCAGAGUGCUGUCUCCUAAACUCUGCUCGGCAGCGGUGCCUGAGCGGAGGUCCACUCUGGAAGUGGCACUUCUGGAGGCGCUCCUCGACCUGAUAGACAGGUGCUCAAGUGGCAGUGGAUCCCUGCAUGGCAAUGAGGCCUUCCUUGCUCAGGCCAGGCAUGUUUUGUCAUCUCUUCAAGAGUUCACAGCAACUCGGGAUAGUUCAGCACUUGAAAAGGAAGGAAUUGGUUACCUAUCUCUUGAAAAUAAGACUCUGCAAAGCCACCUUGCUGAGCAACAGCAACAGUAUACUGCUACAGUGACCAAAAUGACAGCAGAGCUCAGUAAUACAAAGAGAGAGCUGGACACAUUGAGACAACAUUUGGACAAAUCAUUGGAAGAGAAUAGCAACUUAAAGUCUCUUCUGUACAAUGUGAAAAAAGAAGUAAAGAAUGCAGACACUUCAACUGCACUAACUUUGCAGAUCGCUGGACUUCAGGCAAGUAUGAAGCAGCUCUCUGGGGAAGUUGUGGAGCUGAAGCAACACGUGGAGCACUAUGACAAGAUCCAGGAGCUCACACAGAUGCUGCAAGAGAGCCACAGCUCCCUGGUCAGCACCAAUGAACAUCUCCUGCAGGAGCUGAGCCGUUCACGGGCACAACAUAGAGCUGAGGUAGAGCAGAUGCACUGGAGCUUCCAGGAAUUUAAGAAGACUACAGCCCUGAUCCCUCGCCGUAGCUCCCGACUUGGUGGCCGACAGUCCUGCUAGCUGGUAGUGAGCUAUACUAUAUACAGGUAUAGGCCAAGGGUUGCACCUGGGCAUGUAUCUAUCUGAAUACCCUAGUGAGACUGUAAUUACCUAAGGUCCUCAAAAUGUAUUCAUAAGUUCAGUUUGCUUAUGUCCUAAAUUGUGGUCGACCCUGGGGCUUCAUAUGUUUGAGAAGCUUUGUUAAUUACACAUCCUGUUGUAAAGUACCUACGGUAUUUUUUUCUUCCCAAUGUGGGAAAGUUUUGUAUAAUUAAAAUGUUUUCAUGUGACAAGCAUUCCUUAUUUAAAGAAAUAUUAUAUUGCUAUGUUUAAAAAGUUAACUUUUUGAAUGGCUCUUUAUAAAUUAUAACCGACUUCCUUACUGAAUUCUUCUGUAAAACAAGUUAAACAAAGUGAGCAGUAAAAAAUAAGUUCCAAGUUGUAAUAAAAAGUAACACUUCUGGAUGUGACAAACAUUUUAAGAAUUUAUAUGAUAUUAACAUGUCAUAGUAAAACAAAUAAACAAAAACCUCCCCACUUCUGCCUCACCCUUUUGCUUUUAAUAGCUCCUGCAAAUAAACAGACUAUUCACCUGAAAACCUGGGUAAGAUUUAAAUACACACUGUACAGAGCGAAACCCAAAAAGGUCCUCAUUAGAAGAGGCAGAUUUAAUCCACAAGGACAGUACCAUCUAGAGUGAAGCCUGUACAGAGAGAUGACUCUACACACUAAUGCUGCUGAGUAUAGACAUUCUGGAGACAGCUUAGAAUUGCCUAAUGCACCUUGGUCUCUGCCUCACAAGGUCAGAAAAAUUCUCCUGCCCCUCCACUUCUACACUGGCCCAGGUGGAUUUUGUGUUCAAGGCAGGAAGUGAGUUUCAAACCUCAACUUUGAGGCUUUGAGGGCUCUCAGUCGUGUAUUCUGCAGCUCCUUACCCCAAGUCAGGAGUUGUACAGCAAACUGUCUAUUUCUGUUUGAGUUUUUUUGUACAUCAUGUAUGUCUAUGAAUUAAUUUAUAUUACCUUAAUUUUAAGGUUAUUUUUGGUAGUGAUAAUCUUUUGUUAGUGUUUUAAUAGCUUCAGGAUUUGAAGUUGUAUCACCUGUAGACUUGUUGUGACACUUGGCUUUUAAAUAAGAGCUCUCACUAUCUGGGUAAGAAGAUAGAUAGCCUCUGGCCAUUCAUUGCCUCUCUCUCAGCUUCCACACUGUAGACAUGCUCAUCAAGCCAGUGAACAAGCAGGCCUGGCCUUCCCAUCGCCAGUGAGUAUCUGACAGGUGAACUCCAGAGCAUGCUGGUGACUGUCCUGAACUUUUUCAGCAGUGUAUCUAGGGAACCAGCUUCCUGUCUUUCCUUCCUGGUCACCCAGGAAUGUCACCCAGGACAUUAUACCUUUUCCAAAACCACUGAUGUAUUUGGGUAAUUGCUUCAUCUCUAGUCUGUUUUGUUUUUCUGGCUCCAGUAUUAUCAUUUUUGUUUGUUUGUUCAGUUGGUGGUUGAUUUUUCUUUUUCUUUCUUUCUUUUUUUUUUUUU